AUGUACGAGGACUACUCAUUUUCAUACCAAGGCCGUAAGGAUGUAAAGAAGUAUCUUUACUGCUCGAGGAGACUCUCGACGAAAUGUCCAGCUCGGCUUCAUUUGGAUGAAACUGGUCACAUUGUUAAAGCCCACGCUAAUCACAACCACCCGCCUCCGAAGUAUACUAUAACUAAAUGUGGCACUUAUAUAAAAAUAGCUUAA